GUGUGUGGCAUAUUUGGAUAAAAACAAUCUUUCUUCAGGGGGCAAUAAAGUAGCCUUCAUUUGAAUUUAAUUUCAUUUAUUGCCCUGCUAUUAAAAAUAUAAACCCACUGAUCCACAUUUUUUUCUUAUUAUGGUUGACAAGGGAACAAAGAGGAUUAGAUGUUUUGUAUUUGUCCUUGAAAGACCAGAGUAUUUUAAGUACUAUAGUUAUUUGUUUUUUUCCACUAACUAACUAUACACAAAUUACUGUUGCUUAUAUUUGCAUGUUUAAUAGUAGGGGCAGGACCUCUUAUACAUAAUGCAUGUAAACAAAAUGAUUUAGAUUGGAUAUCAAAUUGUAUUAUUUGGAAUAUUAUUAUUAAUGGUCAGUAGUGUUUCCAUUCUGCAGAGAAAUUAUAUAAAUGAAUACAAACAGACAUAAUUUAAAUAAUAUCUAAGUCCAUCAAAAUUAACCAAGAACAAAGUCUUUAACAAGAUUCAACUUUUGUUGUUUUUGGUGUCACCAAAUACUUGUUUCAUUGUGUUCAUUUUACCAAACAAGAAUUAUGUCAAGUAUUUAGUAUAAUAAUUUAAUAAAGCACAUAUAAUCAAUAUUUUACCUUAUCUAUUCACAUUAAAGUACGUGAAUAGAUAAGGUUCAAAUAUUCCUCUACUAGGCACUCCCCUUCCAAGAUCUCUUCUUAACCAAUCAAUGUUUUUUGUCUCACAUCAGAUGUCAAUGAUUGGUCAGGAAUGGUGACACUUAUUCCUGCACUCUUUAAAUUAACUUCUGUUCUGGUCUGUACCUUUACCACACUUAAGAUAUAGUAAGAACAAGAAGUUCUUAUAUUAUAAUAAUCCAAUUAUUUCUUGUUUUCAAUAGUAUUGCGUAACUAUGGUUGAGCAAUUUGUUGGGAAAUGGAAAAUGACUUCAAGUGAGAACUUUGAUGAAUACUUAAAGGCUGUAGGUGCUGGUUUUGCUUUCCGGCAAAUAGCAAGCCUUGCAAAACCCAACGUGACAUUUGUUGUGGAUGAGCAGGGUUUCAUCUUCAUGAAAGCUGUUACUUCAUUUAAGACCUUUGAACUCAAAUUCAAAUUAGAUGAAGAAUUUGAUGAGGCAACAGCAGGCGGCAAGAAAGCGAAGAAUACAAUGAGCCUUGUGGAUGAUAAACUUAUUCAAAAACAGACCUGGGAGGGCAAUACCACAACAAUCGAAAGAGAGAUUAAAGACUCAAAACUGAUAGUGACAUGUACCAUGAAUGAUGUGGUCGCUAUCAGGACUUAUGAGAGGGAUGAAUGACUGCCUGAACUCCUGAUUUUAAUAUGGUUUAACUUUACUGCCUCUUUAAUUCAGUGUCCAACUGAAUUUGUUUUGUUGCAAGA